CUGUCUCUCCCCGGAAUUCUCAUCACUUCUUCUUCUUGAUUCUUCGCUAUCGGAGUGUCUAGUGAAUUGCUACAUCAUCAUACUAAUCAUAAUCAUCAUCAAACUAAUGCCAACGUGUUUACCUUCGUUUUCAUCUCUUAUUAUUAAAAUUUCCAAUCAAUAGAAAAAAACAAAAAGGUAAGCUCAAGUGAUUAAAUUGUUCUCUGGAUUCCUUAUCUUUGGUUAUUUAGCUUUCUGAUUGCUCAUACUAACAUCAUAAAGCUAUUUAACCAAAUUUGAGGAACCAGAUUCAACCACCGUAACCAACUAAUUGUAAUGAUCGCCACCCAUGGACGAAGACACCGUGAUGGUCAAACUAUAUCUCUAAAUAUGAACAAGAACAUGAACAUGAAUAUUCAUGUUGGAACAAAUUUCUUUUUGUCAACUUUGGACUAUCGUUUUAUCACAAAUAACUUUACAUAUCGGCCUAGCGAUCGCAUUUGUCGGUACAUUUGAUGGGGCAAUGAAAGCUCAUGGACGGAGUGAAUAUUGUGACGAUCCAUUGAUACCACGGACAAUUAGUAGUAUUUUCGUUGCUUUCUAUUGCUUUGGAAAUGGAGUGGGUCCUGCAUUGGCUGGCUUUCUCGUUGAAAAUAUGGGCUAUCGUAAAGCUGGAUGGCCAUUGGUCUGCCUUGGACUUGCUACGGGAAUUGCCUUAUGGAUAUCAGGAUUUGCUGCUAAACAACAUCAACCCGACUGGACACAAGUAGCCAAAGAUGAGACGCCCUUUUACCGUCGCAUUUCAAUAAGCAAAAGUACCCACAUCAAAUGUGUCACAACGGCUCAAGAACCAAUAGAGGAAAAUCAAUAAAGGAAAAACAAUUUCGAUUAUAAAACAAUUAUGAAGGAAACGGGUAAUCAAAGGCACACCAAUCAACCUCUAAGGAUUAAUUGUAUUUCUGCUACUGUAACAAUUAAAGGAUACACAGAAAAUCAA